CGAUUUGCCCCUGGAUUGACCCCUUUCAACCUAUUAAGAGGUAUCAGAGGGCCUGAUCAUAUCAAAUAAGUUGUGGCGUUACUUUGAGAACACUCUAGUGCUUUGACGAAAUCCCUACUAGGGAUAUCGGUGUGCUUAGCCUUGUCAUGGCGUCCCCGUACGACCGUCGUGGACUAGAGUUCGAAGACCCUGUUGUUCUCAUUUUCCCUUCUCGUGCCCUUCCUCAUUCAUUGUUCAUGUUACCUUUACCAAUAUUCCAUAAUGGCUUCCCAGCUAAUUGUGCCAGCUGAAAAAUCACACAUGCAUCUUGAUACCACCGAGAUCGACGAGGAACUGGAAGCCCUUGAAGGCUACGUGGUUGAUCCCAGUCGUUAUUCAAAUCAAGCUUCCCAGCUGAAAACAAGUGCCGAUGGUCGCUAUGUUCUCAUCCCACAGCCAUUAGACAUGCCCAAUGAUCCCUUGAAUUGGAGCAAUAGUAGAAAGGGGUUGAUCAUGGCUAUCAUCGCCUAUAUCGCCCUCCUGGCGGACUACACGGGUGGUACGGCUAUUGUCACAGUGAUCCCUCAAUCAAUGGAAUGGGGAUUGUCCCAAGAGUCAGUCCAGCGAGCGGUUGUGGGCAACCUCUUCACCAUCGGUGCAUGUGGACUGUUUGUCGUUCCAUUAGCCAGCUACUUUGGUCGCUGGUCAGUCACCUUGGUCUUCCAGUGUGUCAUGCUAGGAACGUGUGCCUGGUCAGCUGCAGCAACAAGCUUUCGCUCAUAUCUUGCAGCGCGCAUAAUCAAUGGCUUCUUCUGCAGUGUCGGACAAGGCGGAGCGCUAAUGUGGAUCAAAGAUCUAUUCUUCUUUCACCAGCACCCGCAGAUCAUAAACUAUGUCGAGUUCUCAAUCAUCCUCAGUCCGUACCUGGGUCCAUUGGUUUCCUCGUUCAUUGUGUCGGAGGUGAACUGGCGAUGGGCUUUCUGGGUAUGCACGAUUCUUGCGGGAGUUGGUCUCGUUGCAGUCUUCUUCCUGGAUGAAACACUUUUCGAUCGGAAGAGUCCUCCUCCUUCUCGGGGAUCUUAUAUUUCACGGCUGGUUGGGUUACAACAGGCCAAGGCUCCGUCGAAGGACUUUGUUCAGUGCAUGGCACGCCCAGUGGUCGCUAUCACUAAGAUCCCUGUGUUGUUCAUUCUCAUCUACUACUUUUUGAAUUUUGCCUGGGUCAUUGGCGUGAAUACUACCAUUGGUAUCUGGUUGACCAACUUUUAUCAGUUCUCAACGCGAGGAAUUGGCUACUUCUACUUCUUUGGUAUCGUCGGCUGCUUGAUCGGCUGGUUUGCGGGCCACUUUCUACAUGAUGCCGUUGGAAGAUUCUACACCCAGCGACACUCUGGCCGUCUUGACCCCGAAGCUCGACUAAUCAUAACAUACCCUGCAACCCUCAUCUGCUGUGCAAGUUUGAUCAUCCUGGGGCUUGCCUUUGAGAAGCAUUGGCACUAUAUGGUGAUUGCAGUGUUUGCGGCCGUUCAAUGUGUCGGCGUCAUGAUCGUCACGACAGCCAUCAAUGCCUACCUAUUGGACUGCUACCCCGAAGGAUCUGGAGAGGUCGGCGCAUGGGUCACGGCCAGUCGCAAUUGGGCAGGUUUCAUGGCGACGUAUAUUCAGAUUGACUGGGUGGUGCACCUCGGACCUGCCAAAGCUCUUGGGAUUCAAGCAGCCAUCACUUUCGGUUCUCUGUGUUUCAUGCUGUUCCUUCAGAUAUAUGGGAAGCGGAUGAGGCAGUGGCAGGGCCGCAUGGUGUUUGGGAAGAAAUGA